UCCGCCGGCCGUGAGGAUGCGGCCCGAGCGCGCCUUCCCGAGCCCCGUCGCCGCCCUCCUGCUCCGGGCCUGCCUGCUGCUCCCCCCCGCGGACGCCUACAUCCACGCGGUGACGGAUCACAACUCCAGCAUGGACUUCUCAGACCUGCCCGCCCUCUUCGGGGCCCUGCUGCCCAGGGAAGGACUUGUGGUGCGUAGCUGGCGCUUGGGCGGCAAGAUCCAGGGGGCUGGUGGGGACGAGUAUGACGUCUGCGCCAUCUGUCUGGAUGAGUACGAGGAGGGCGACCGGCUGCGGAUCCUGCCCUGUGCCCACGCCUAUCACUGCCGGUGCGUGGACCCCUGGCUGACACAGACCAAGAAGACCUGCCCGGUGUGUAAGCAGCGCGUGCUGCGGACGGCCGAGGACUCGGACUCAGAGGGCGAGGGGCACCCGCGGGGCGAGGAGGAGGAGGAGGAGGAGCAGCGCCACUCGGAGCGGACCCCGCUGCUGGGCCCCUCCUCCGCCGCCGGCACCCCCUCCUUCGGCAGCAUGGCCGAGGCGCGGGGCCCGCCCUCUGGCGAGGAAGGCUCCGAGGAGGAGCAGGAGGGGUCCCUGGGUGCUCACAAGGGGCAUCCCCCUGAGGGCCGGGGGGGCAGCAUCCUUGUCUGAGCCCCCGGAUGGGGCAGCUGCUUGGACUCCGUGGGGGGCCUCAACCCCCGAGCUUUCUUGGUAUUUUAAACCGUGCACAAAACAGGGGCCCCCGGUGGGGAUCCGGGCUUGGACCCCCUUCCUGUGGCGUGGGGUGACCCCCAGCUCCCUUUCGGCCCUGCAGCCCCUGCCCCAGGGGAUUGAUUAUGUGCCAAGGCUCCAGGGCUGGGGGACUCGGGGUGUCACGGCUUUGCAGGGUGGGGGUGGGGGGGCCUUUUGCACAGCUCAGGGUGUGAGGGGCAUGGAGGGGGGACCGAUUCUCUCCCCAGUC